UUUCCAUUUUCUCCCGGACAGUGAGGAGAUCUUCCAAAAUUCCCCACGUAGCCCUAAUUCGAGGAAGGAAUCCUUUUCGAUCCGCCGACAGUUCCGACGCGCCGCCGGCCGGCAAAGCCCCCUCCCACCGCCUCAUGGACAGCCCCGACGAGCCGGCUGGCAAGGCUUCCUACCACCACCUCCUGGACAGCCCCGAGGCACCACAGGCCGCCAAGGCCUCCUCCAGCGGCGCCGGCCGCCGACGCCUCGCCCAACCGCACCCGCCGCUGCGCCUAGCCACCGCCGGCCCCACAGGCCUCACACCGCCGUCGGCCGUUUACCUCCCCGUUGAGCCGCCUCCCGACAAGGCGUCCUCCCACCGCUCCGUCGCGCCGUCCACCCAAGGCAUCCUCUCACCGCCGCCGCCUAAUGGACAACCCGGUGGCGCCGCCGCCUCAUGGGCAGCGAUUGUCUCCCACCGCCCCGUCGCGCCGCCCUCCCAAGACCUCCUCUCAGCGCCGCCGCCUCAUGGACAGUCCAGUGGCGCCGCCGCCUCAUUCCCGCAGCCGCCGCCGCUGCCUCAUAGACAGCCCGGUCGCGCUGCCACCUCAUGGGCAGCGAUUGUCUCCUCCCAGCGCCCCGUUGCGCCGUCCUCCCAAGAUCUCCUUCCAUCGCGGCCACCUCAUGGACUGUUCAGUGGCGCCACCGCCUCAUUCUCGCAGCCGCUGCCUCUUCCUGAGUGCGGGUUCGUUGAUUCGUCUCAUGUACAGCUCGGUCACACUGCCGCCUCAUUCCCACAGCCGCGGAGCAGGUUCGUUAAUUCGCCUCAUGGACAACUCGAUCAGGCUGCUGCCUCAUUUUUUCCCCGUCAACCACCGCCACCUCAUGAACAGCCCGCAGCCACCACCAUCUCAUUGCCGCAGCCCCCUCAUGGACAGUCCGGUCGUGCUGCCACCUCAUUGCCACAGCUGUGGCAGCCUCCUCAUAGACAGCAGGAUGUCUCCGGCCGCCAGGGCCCGUCUCAUGGACAGUCUGGUCGCGCCGCCACCUCAUUGCCGCAGCUGUCGCCGCCUCCUCAUAGGCAGCCCAGCCGCGCCGGCCACCAGGGCCCGCCUCAUGGACUGUCCAGACACACUGUCGGCUGCCAAGCCUCCCACCGCCGCCUCAUGGUAAGCACCAUCGUGCCGGACUCCUCCCACGGCCUCAUGAUCAGCCCCGACGCUUCGCUGGCUGGCAAGGCCUCCAUCCGCCGUUACCCCAACUGGGUGAUGCUCGACCCCCACACCCGCCUCAACUAUCACCCCAACGAAGACUUCCUCGGUACCCACGCCGUCACUGAGACAUCCAGGGGCGAGCACAUAGACAUCUCCUUCCGCAGUGUGAUGCCCCCAGGGGCUUCCCGCCUCUACGUCCACUGGACGCCCCGCCGGCGCACCAAGGGCCAGUCAUCGUUGGGGGCAAGAAAGGGAGAAGAUCGUUGCGGAUGGGAUCCCAUCGUCGUGGCUGCACACGAGAACUCCAUCCUUCUGCAGCUCACAUUUGAGAACACCCAAUCAGACUUCUUCGUCUACACUCUCCCCUCCACUGGGCCGCCAUCGCUUAUGCUUCUCCCCAGCUGCAAGCACAAAUUCACAGACGGUAUUCCCCGUUCCGGUGGAUUAGAUCAUAUGUCCAUCAUUGAAGGGAUUGGCCUCCUAUGCAAUGCUGAGAGAGAAAAGUUUGUGGUGGCCGAUCUGAUGAUUUUACCUAAUCCCUACAAAGAUGAUGAUGCUCCGGUGGUAGCUGAGCUGUGUGUGCUACAGGGUAGCCACUCCAAGGAUGGCUGGACGACCACACCGUGGAGGACCAUACGGCCGCAGAUCCACCAUGACAACGAGCACGGCAAGGAAUUGGUGUGGUGGGAGACUGAUGUGGUGGUCCCUCUCCAUGAUUCUCUAUGUUAUGUGGACUAUUUUAGGGGCAUCUUCUUUGUUGACGUCCUCAGUGAGAACCCUGAGCUCCAUUAUGUCCAGCUUCCUGUGUUGAUCCCCAAUGGUGAUCCUACUGAUCCUGAAACAGGAGUCAGAGGGUGCCCGGAACAGUACAGGAGUGUAUGUGUCACCAAUAAUGGCUGCAUCUUGAAGUUUGUCGAAGUCGUCACCACCACUGUCUUUGUCUCAGGCAGCCGUGAACCUGCUUCCUCUUCAUUUGCCAUCAAGGUGUGGAAGCUUACGCAAGAUAGCAUGACAUGGGAGAAAGAAUACGUCAUGGCCGAUACUGAGCUCUGGGCUCUGCAGGGCUGUGGCGACCUCCUGCGUGUCGCUCCGUCAUUCCCUUUUGUGAGCAUGGAGGAGCCUGAAGUUUUCUACUUCGUGCUGUCAAAUCGGUAUUCCAAAGAUCCCGGUGCAUUGUGGGUAAUUGUGGUUGAUAUGUUGAAGAAGACUGUGCGAUCAUUGUCUAGAUACAACAAAGUAUAUCCGAACUGCAUUGGGAGUGAUGAUGAUAUGGCUUCUGCAAGCUUCAGUACAAAUUCUGCAUUCAUUCCAUGUGCCUUCUCCAAGUACGUUCCUGUGUGGAGCUCCUGUGUGGAGCCAAGAGGAAGAGGAUGAAUCUGGGAUUAACAAGUUACGUGUUUCGCCUACUGUGGGCAUGAUGGCGCUAGAUCCAUGAAGUUUCAGAAAAGUAUUGGCUUUGGAGUCUGUUUAUGAAUACUGUGUGCAUUCUUUUUUGUGGCGGAUGAAUACUAUAUACAUUGACUAGUUGUAUGAUCCUUUAAUAACUGGUGCUUGCUUA